AUGGCUACCGCCUCGUCAUCAUCUUCUUCAUACGAUUUUUCUAAAACCAUCUAUUCAAAAAUUGAUUUUACUCGUCUGAAAAACAUUCUAUCAUUAUCACCAAAAAUUGUUGCAAUAAAUCCAUCUUCUGAUUUAAUUCGUGAAGAUGAAACAGAUGAUUCACAAUUCUAUAGUAUACCUCGUUUUGUACAUCAUAUUGAUGAUCGUGCACGUUAUGUUUUAUCUCAAUUCUAUACAGAUGGUGAAUUUCGAGAUCCAAUGUAUAUUGUUCUUGGACAGAAGAAAACAGCAUAA